CCGACAGAUGAGCUGAGCGCCAGUUAGAUGCACUUGGAUUACCGGUUGCUGAACUGAAACAACGUCUCUGCCCAUAAAAAAUAUGUUAAACAGUGACGUUUCUAAUUACACGUCUUUUUAACGACUGGAUAUAUCUCCUCCGACGGAGAUAAAACACAAGAUGCUGUGAACGCAUCACUUAUUUUAGUGCCAGACGAUGGAAUUCAGUUUGAGGAGCCCAGUGUGAGAAAGUGAAGUACGGAUUUACAUUCUCAUCUGCGUAAAGAUAAAGUCAGGAUUUGAGAGCAUGGGUUGGCGAGAGACCCUAUGGCUUUUGACAUCAUUAAUCCUGAGCAUAAGAAAAGCUGGAGCAACAGAGACGAAAGCAGAUCCCGGAGCUGACUUAUCACUUUCUCCUGUCAUGAUGGCAAUGGAGAGAGAAAGGCUGACCAUGACUCAGUCCCAGUACAAAUGUCUGGAGCUGCUGAACCGAGAUGGAUCCCAUAAUAAAACAGGUUCGUUCUGCAGCAGAUUCUGGGACGGUUUGCUUUGUUGGGACGAAACCCCAGCUGGAACCUUUGCCUCACAAAACUGCCCCGAUUACCCCAGCUUCGACCCCUUGGAAAAAGUAACCAAAUACUGUGACGAAUCUGGCAACUGGGUACACAGCGCAUCCAUCAAUAAAACAUGGUCCCACUGUCUCACCUUCUCAAAGGAUAAAAUUAAGACGUUACCAGUUCACGGCUUUUCAGAGACAGAGACAGAGCUGGGUCCCACAGCGGAGAGCAAGGUGAGCCCUGUAGUGAUUCAGAAAGCGGAGGAGAGGAAGAUGAUCAUCGACGGUCAAUAUAAAUGCUUUGAGAAAAUGAACAGGGACCAGCCUUACAACAAAUCAGGUUUAUACUGUAACCGCACGUGGGACGGCUGGCUGUGCUGGGACGAUACUCCAGCAGGAACGUUCACGUCGCAGUACUGCCCCAAUUACUUUGCUGACUUUGACUCCACUGAAAAGGUCACCAAGUAUUGUGAUGAGACUGGAAGCUGGUUCAAACACCCUGAGACUAACAGAACAUGGUCAAACUACACCCUCUGCAUCGCUCACACCAAGGACAAGCUUAAGAUGGCGUAUAUUUUGUAUUACAUGGCGAUUGUGGGUCACGCUCUCUCUAUAGUGUCUCUCCUCAUCUCGCUGGCCAUUUUCUUCUAUUUCAGGAGUCUGAGCUGUCAGAGAAUCACGCUCCACAAGAACCUGUUCUGCUCGUAUGUGCUCAACUCAGCCUUCACCAUCGUCAACCUCAUCACGGUGGUCAACAACCCCAAGGUGGUGCAGAGGAACCCGAUCAGCUGUAAGGUGCUGCACUUCUUCCACAUGUACAUGCUGGGCUGUAACUAUUUCUGGAUGCUCUGUGAAGGGAUUUACCUGCACACACUGAUCGUGGUGGCUGUAUUUGCUGAGGAGCAGCAUCUGCACUGGUAUUAUCUUUUGGGCUGGGGAUUCCCCCUGGUGCCUGCAUCCAUCCAUGCUGUGGCGAGGAAGAAAUACUUUGAUGACAACUGCUGGAUGAGUGUGGAGACGCAUCUGCUCUACGUGGUUCACGGCCCCAUUAUGGCAGCUUUAUUAGUCAAUUUAUUCUUUCUACUGAACAUUGUACGGGUUUUGGUGACCAAACUGAGAGAUACGCACCGAGCCGAGUCUAACAUGUAUAUGAAGGCGGUGAGAGCCACUCUCAUUCUGGUGCCCUUAUUGGGGAUUCAGUUCGUCAUUAUCCCUUGGCGACCGGAGAACCGCUUGGCGGGAGAGAUAUAUGAUUACAUCAUGCACAUAUUAAUGCACUACCAGGGUCUGCUGGUGGCAACCAUAUUCUGCUUUUUCAACGGAGAGGUCCAGGGAGCUUUGAAAAGGCAGUGGAUGCAAUAUAAAGCGCAGUGGGGUCAGAGACGGCGUGAACACUGCUCCAUGAGAUCCACAUCCUACACCGCAACCUCCAUCACUGAGGUGCCCGCGUUCAUGUUUCACCACGACUGCAACAGCGAACACUUGAACGGUAAACAAACAGAGGACUCCGAGCUCGUGGCCCUCAAAACAGGCGAGACAUACGCGUGAACAAAAACAGGUAAUACUGGGAAAAGAAGUGAUUCAAUCAAACCGGAGACGACAGACUCCUUUCUGACUGAACGUUCGUAACUCCCCCAUCUCAGCACUUAGAGAGCCGACAGCAGAACAUUCGCAGUCUGCGUGUUGGCAAAUCUGUUGAAAUAUUACACCAGGCUUUGUUUAUAUUCUCUGCAGCUCUGCUUCUGUGAGCGAAAAUCUGAGAAAUAAUGACUUUUCUGAAAAUAUGUCAUUUUAAAGCUGCUAGUUUUCACAUCCUUUUCGGGUCUGUGGCCACAAACAAACAAAAAGUUACUUUACAAAAACCAAAGGAUGUGCGGAUUUGUGGGACUCCGAGUGUUUCGCUAAAGCUACUGGGAAAUGGUUCUCUAGAGGACAAGCUUCGCUCAUGCAUCUCUGAACAAAGGAAAGUUCUUCUGUGCCUGAAUCCUGUUCCUGAUGCCGUUUGAUGGUCAUUUCGCAUCUGAAAAUAGCUUUUUAUCUGUGUUGCGAGACUGCUUUAUUGUUUUUGCAGCUGUGCUUUUCUGCCUUUUCGUCUUGAAAGCGGGUGUGGAGGGAGAGGACGAACAACGUGGACCAUUUAAGAGUGCUUAGAGGUGAAUUCAUAAACCUGUGCAUAAAAUGUAUUCUGUUAACAAAAAAAAAAAGAUACAAAAAUAUAUUUAAUAAGCUCCUGUGUUUCAGAGUGCAGAUUGUAUUUAUCAAGUCAGAUUAUUUCAGUAUUUUUGGAGUGCUGCUUCACCAGUAAGUGCAUUUCCUCUCUGCAACCAAAAUAUACACAUGAAUGCACCAAAUUCACCUCACGUUUUCAAUUUCAGUGAUCAAUAAUCCACAUUUCUUCACCGACUUUUGUUUUCCCACAAAUUACUUGUGGGACUGACUCAUUUAAGCUGAAGAAAUGGCGUAAUAACAAUAAAUAAACACUUUAGAUUUAUUGAUUCUGAUACUAAUAGAAUAUUUAUCGCUUAAACUACACACACAGACACACACAUUUACAUGCAUAUAUACAUAUAUAUACACAGUUCAAAUCAAAAUUAUUAGUUCUCCUGCGAAUUUAUUUAUUUUUUUAUAUUUUCCAAGUGCUGUUUAACAAAUUUUUUUUAACACAUUUUUAAACUUAAUAGUUUUAAUUAAUUUCUAAUCAAUUUUUUUAGAUUUGUCAUGAUGACAGUACAUAAUACUUUAGUUGUUAGUUUUCAAGAUACUAGUAAUUAGUUUAGUUUAAAGUUCAAUUUAAAGGCUUCACUAGGUGAUUACACUACUCAUUAUUGAAGUGUACCCCUAUAUACAUUUCUGGAUAUCACGAAAUCUCUCACAAGUGCCAUUCUCGCGUAAACCCACCUGAGGCCGCUGUUGACUGACUGACUGUCCGAUCAAUCCCAAAAGUGGGUACCUCCUUCCCUAAA